GCGGGGCCUUACCGGAGGGGGCGGGGCCUCACCGGCGCGGGCAGAGCGAGCGGCGGCGGCAGCCCCGGCUCCGGGAGCGGCACCGGGACGUUCCCCGGGACGGCGGCGGAGGAUGGGUUGCGUGAAGUCAAAGGAAGCUGACGUCCAAGAGAAGAUGAUAAAAACUGACCCCGACGCCGACCCUGGCCCCAGCUUCCAGCAGGGCCACUACGUGAGGGACCCCACAGCCCCCACCAGCAGGAACAAUAAUGUCCCCAGCAUGGCUGUGCUCCCACACGAGGAUGGUGGCUUGGGGGACAGCAUGGUGCUGGCGCUCUACGACUACGAGGCGACGCACACUGGUGACCUGAGCUUCCAGAAAGGGGAGCAGCUGAUGGUGCUGGAGGAGUCAGGGGAAUGGUGGCGAGCACGGUCACUGGUGACGGGGCACGAAGGCUUCAUCCCCAGCAACUACGUUGCCCAAGCCGGCUCACUGGAAACGGAGCAGUGGUUUUUCAAGGGCAUCAGCCGGAAGGACGCAGAGCGGCACCUCCUCAGCCCCAAUAAUGUGGUCGGGUCCUUCAUGAUUCGGGACAGCGAGACAACGAAAGGCUGCUACUCACUGUCGGUGCGGGAUGAGGACAACGUGCAGGGUGCCACAGUGAAGCAUUACAAGAUCCGGAUGCUGGAUAGUGGUGGCUUCUACAUCUCCCCACGCAGCAGCUUCAAUACACUGCAGGACCUGGUCCAGUACUACAAGGGGCAGAGCAACGGGCUGUGCCAGCAGCUCACCCACCCCUGCUGUGUGCCCAAACCGCAGAAGCCCUGGGAGAAAGAUGCCUGGGAGAUCCCUCGGGAGUCGCUGAGGCUGGAGAAGAAGCUGGGAGCCGGGCAGUUCGGGGAAGUGUGGAUGGCUACCUACAACAAGCACACCAAGGUGGCGGUGAAGACAAUGAAGCCAGGCAGCAUGUCCGUGGACGCCUUCCUGGAGGAGGCGAACCUGAUGAAGACGCUGCAGCAUGACAAGCUGGUGAAGCUGCACGCAGUUGUCACCAGGGAGGAGCCCAUCUACAUCAUCACCGAGUUCAUGGAGAAAGGGAGUUUGCUGGAUUUCCUGAAGAGUGAGGAGGGGAACAAGCAGCCGCUCCCGAAGCUGAUCGACUUCUCUGCCCAGAUUGCAGAAGGAAUGGCUUUUAUUGAGAAGAGGAACUACAUCCACAGAGACCUGAGAGCCGCCAAUAUUCUGGUGUCGGCAAUACUGGUGUGCAAGAUUGCAGACUUUGGGCUGGCCAGAAUUAUUGAGGACAACGAGUACAUGGCCCGGGAAGGUGCCAAGUUUCCCAUUAAAUGGACUGCACCAGAAGCCAUCAACUAUGGAUCUUUCACUAUAAAAUCAGAUGUCUGGUCCUUUGGGAUCCUCUUGACCGAGAUCAUUACCUAUGGGCGCAUCCCAUACCCAGGGAUGUCUAGCGUGGAGGUGAUCAGGGCACUGGAGCACGGGUACCGGAUGCCCCGCACAGAGAACUGCCCUGAGGAGCUGUAUGACGUUAUGAUGAGAUGCUGGAAGACCAAACCAGAGGAUCGUCCCACCUUUGAGUACAUGCAAAGCAUUUUGGAGGAUUUCUUUACUGCAACAGAGAGCCAGUAUCAGCAGCAGCCAUAACACAGGAAGCUUGGUGAAAACAGCGGAUACCCUGCACUAUGCAUGCCAUGUUAGCAGCAGUGAGCAUAUGCACCCUGCUCUUCCCUGCCCCACUCGUGAUCUGCCUGCGCACACCUUCCUCUGCCAGCCUGGCCCAGGAACCAGAGCCUUCCUGGUGUGGCUGGGCUGGAAGCGGGGGCACGGGGAAGCCCUCUGGGGCUGCCAGAUGGAGGGAGAGGUUACCCAGGGCUGUACCUUGUGCCUUUUGUGUGUGCCUGAGUGUCUGCAAGGCAGCUGCUCUGGGAAGCGCUGGCUGGCUGGUAGUUGCCUGCACCAGCAGCACCACAGAAGGAGGGCUGGGUCUGUUUCAGCUACAAAGAAAAAAACCCAGAUUAUUACUAUUUGUUUAAUCCUUGUCGUGGUUUAACCACAGCUGGCAGCUAAGUACCACACAGCCACUUGCUCACUCCCCAGCCCACCCCUGCGGGAUGGGGAGAAGAAUUAGAAAAAAGGUAAAAUUCAUGGGUUUGAGAUAAGAACAAUUUAAUAAUUGAAGUAAAAUAAAAUAUAAUAAUAAUAGUAAUGAAAAGGAGAGAGGAAUAAAACAUAAAGAAAGAAAAAAACCCAAGUGAUGUAUAAUACCAUUGCUCACCUCUGCUGACCAAUGCCCAGCCAGACCCCCAGCAGUGAUCGGCCCUCCCCAGCCAGUUCUCCCCAGUUUCUAUACUGGGCAUAAUGUUCUAUGGUAUGGAAUAGCCUUUGGCCAGUUUGGGCCUUCCCAGCCUCUUGUGCACCUGCUCACUGGCAGUGUGUGGGAAACGUGAAAAGUCCUUGAUUUAGAAUAAGCAUCCCCAGGUGCUUAUUUAGAACAAGCAUCCCCAGGCCGCUGCGGCCCGGCAAGAAGCCCCGUCCGCUCCCAGCCGCCAUUUCACCUCGCCUGGGGGUACCGGUGGUAUCGGCAGCGGGCCCGGUGUUCCCUGCACGCACACUUUAUGUUGUUAUUUUUAGUAUGUAAUUAUGGGUCAUUUGGGAAAAAAGCGGAAGUGGUUUGGUUUUUUUCCAGGUUGCCCUGUAGCCUCACAGCAGGGAGCUUCUGGGCCUGUCACUGGAUUUUCCUCAUGCUAAGAAGCAAACACGGUUGCUUCCGUACCUUCGUACCAGCUUUGGAAGCGUCUUUUUGUUAUCAAUAAAGUAUUUACAAACCCCUGG